UUUAUUUUUCCCUUUAGGCUCAUUAUUAUUAAACCCCGCCGUAAACCCAACUUUCGUUCAUCGGCCUCAGAACUGAGAGUCGAUCUUUCACUACUGGAAAAAAGCCUACAACGCAACAACAAAGGGAGAAGUUUAGUAUCAUCAUCUUCAAUUUUAGGGUUUGGAAAUGGAUCAUCAAAAUGUUUCUUUCCACUUAGAAUAGCCUCAAAACGUUUCAAAUUUCUGUUCAACACGGUAUCAUCGUCUGUAGAAUUGGAGAAAUUCGCAGUUCAGUACCACAAUUCGUUUCAGAGUUUUCAAAAUACCAUAGCCACCUCUGCUCGAUAGCUUCCUGCAAGAUUCAAAUGAUAAGGUCUGCUGUUUGAUGUUCUCCAUUUUUUGAAAUCUGUUUGAUUAAAUUUGUGGAUUUGCUGGUAUUCUAGGCAAUGUUUUUAAUCUUUGAAUUCUAUGUGGAUUUUGUGAUAUUGGAAUAUUAAUUGCCCUAUUCAAAGAACCACACAACGUAAUUCAAAACCUCAAAACCUCAGAGUUCGAAAAGACUUCUCGUGAGAUGAAUCUAUUUGUCCAAAGUAUGUUUGCAGUUGUGGUAAAGGGUCAUUGGAAUCACCUCUUGAAGCCUAAGAUUAGUUCUAGCCUCACAUCCAUAUCCAUCCACCAGAUUCUUCUCCGGCUAUCGUUCUACUGUUCAGGUCCUUCACUUUCUUGGGCGUUUUUCAAGUGGGUUGAGUUAAUUCCUGAUUACAAGCACUCUUUGCAAUCUUCAUGGGCCAUGAUUUGUAUUCUCACAGAGCACAAACAUUUCAAAACUGCACAAAAUUUGCUUGAAAAUAUUGCACGUAAGGAUUUCAUAUCCUCCUCAUCGGUUUUAAAUGCUUUGGUGACCAACUGUGACAAUCCUGAUGUGAAUGCACAUAUUUUGAGCUGGCUUAUGAUAAUAUAUGUGAAUUGUAAGAUGCCCCAGGAUGCUAUUCAGAUUCUUGAAUAUAUGAGGCUUCAUGGCUUUAAGCCUCAUUUGCAUGCCUGUACCGUGCUAUUAAAUUCCUUGGCCAAGGACAGGUUAACUGAUAUGGUAUGGAAGAUUUAUAAGAAAAUGGUUCAAGUUAGAGUUGUUCCUAAUAUUCAUAUAUACAAUGUGCUAAUUCAUGCUUGUUGCAAGUCUGGGGAUGUCGAGAAGGCUGAACAACUAUUGUGCGAAAUGGAAUGGAAGGCUGUUUUCCCUGAUCUUUACACGUAUAACACAUUGAUAUCUUUGUAUUCAAAAAAGAGUCUGCAUUAUGAAGCUUUGUGUGUUCAAGAUAGAAUGCAAAGGGGAGGUGUGAGCCCUGACAUUGUAACCUAUAAUUCCCUUAUAUAUGGUUUUUGUAAAGAGGGCAAAAUGAGAGAGGCUGUAAAGCUUUUCCGUGAAAUUAAGGACGUUUCUCCCAACCAUGUUACGUACACCACGUUAAUUGAUGGAUAUUGCCGAGUGAAUGACCUUGAAGAAGCACUAAGAUUAUGUAAGGUGAUGGAAGCUAGGGGUUUGCACCUGGGAGUUGUGACUUAUAAUUCAAUUCUCCGAAAGUUAUGCGAGGAAGGCAGGAUAAGGGAUGCUAAUAAACUCUUGAAUGAGAUGGGUGAGAGGAAAGUUGAACCUGACAAUGUCACUUGUAACACAUUAAUAAAUGCUUACUGCAAAAUUGGAGAUAUGAAGUCUGCAUUAAAAGUGAAGAGCAAAAUGUUGGACGCUGGCCUGCAGCUCGACAGCUUCACGUACAAGGCACUGAUUCAUGGAUUUUACCGGGUGAGAGAUAUGGAAAGUGCCAAAAAACUUUUCUUUUGCAUGCUCGACUUAGGUUUAUGUCCUGGUUAUUGUACGUAUUCAUGGCUAGUUGAUGGCUACUGUGAACUAGGAAAUGAAGGAGCUAUCAUAAGUCUACUGGAUGAGUUUUCGACAAGAGGUUCUUGUGUGGAUUUAUCAGUUUGUAGGGCACUAAUAAGAAGGCUGUGUCAUAGAGAAAGGGUUGGUUUUGCUGAAAAAGUAUAUAGCGCCAUGCAACUUAGGGGUAUAUCAGGAGACAGUGUGAUAUACACAAGCCUGGCAUAUGCUUAUUGGAAAGAGGGGAAGUCAAAUCUCUCUUCGGAGAUGCUAUCUGAAAUGACUAAAAGAAGUUUAUUAAUAAACCUCAAGAUAUAUAGAUGUUUCAAUGCUUCUUAUGGAUGUGAUAACCGUAUCUUACAUCUCUUUUGGGAUCAUGUUGCCGAGAGGGGCUUAAUGUCGAAGAGCAUCACCAAGGAAAUACAAAGAUGAAUUUGCAAACUGUGUUUGAUCAAAAACCUCAGCCUUGUUUGCUUGUUAAUUAUAUAUGCAAUGGUCAAUGACAGCAGCAUGUAUAUGAAGAAAUCCUUGUACGAUAAUGGGACGAUCAUGCGAGCAAUUGUCGAUAUGCUGUAUGGUUGUACAAUUACAAAUGCACGACUCCUGCCUUUGAUUUGGAUAUGUGCAUUUUAACUCAGACUGUAAAGACAUAUCGGCGACAGGAUAAUGAAACAACACUCCUAGCACAAUCGAUUAUUGAGAUAUUCUCUAGAAGAGAAUUCUAUGCUAAUGUUGCAAAUGAGAGGGACAAGGUUUAUUGCUUUUAGCAGUUAUGAAUCCCACCAGGAUGUCGAGAGGGUAUUGUGCGAUUUCAUAUGUUGCCUCGUUCAGUUGAGCUUUUCGAGCUUUGCAGUUACAUCCUUCCAUCUAAUAAUAAGGGUGUUCGGUUCGGUCUUGGGGGCUGAAUCAAGGAGAACGGAAAAUCUCGGUUCUUAAUUAACAUCGUUGAAUUGAGUAGCCUACUAACAUUCUUCAUGCAGGUAUUGAAUCUGCUGAUCCUUGGAUUCUUAAAAACACUGGUAUAAUGGAAGUUUGAAAUGGAAAUCAUGAGAAAUCUUAGUUUAUUCAUUUUUCAUGUGCAGAAUUUAUUCCUCUGGGAAGAGCAAGUUAUUUUGGGGUACAUUAUAUUUAUUGAGAAUCUAGAUGGUGUAAAAAUUGAUGCUUAUUAAGCGAUUAAUUGCCUUCUCUAAUCAAGGACGUCUUGCAUAUUUGUUUGCUUCAAUGGUGAACGAAAGAAGAUUCAAAAGAAUAUAUAGGGGACCGGUUGACAGGUUUGAUUGUUGAUAUUGGAACAACGGGGAGGACUUUUACACAAAAUAGAUAGAAUAAGUGAGAUAAAUUAUGAUAAGUUUGAGUUGGUUAUAAGGGGUCUAUAUAAUGUUACGUCAAAUGUUUCUGCUUUUGUGAUUGGUAAUCAAGAAGACCUUCAUCUUUUCUUGACGGGUGAUGAUGUUUCUCAAAUAGCUCUUUUAAUGGCUAAGUUACCAAUUGUGCUGUAAAAUAGUAAGAGUACAAUAUCAUCAUUUCCAAUCCCAUUUAGGUAAAAUAUACCCUCAUUUCCCUCCCAACUUGAUUUUGUAUUGAAUACCAUAUGAAUAUGAUGUUGUGAGAUCCCUAAUUAUAUUAAAUGAAAAUGUUGUCUCAUUUGAACUGGGAGACUAUACAAA